AUUCAAGAAGGUCUCGAGCGUGUCGCGGAAGUGGAGUAAAUAAAAAUAGGUCGAACGUUGUACUGUAUCCCUCAUCGAAGUGUUUGUGAAAUGUGACUUUGUGUCCGUUGUGCUGUUGUAUAAUCCUCUAACAGUCUGGCAGACUAACUCUAACUCAAGAGCCAUUCGCCAGUUCGAGUGCAUCUGACGUGGGGACAUAAGGUUCAAUAGGGAAGGUGUUUGUGCUUCCCAGUCCUUACUAUGUCAUCCGGAUGAGAUAGAGAUAGUAACAGAGAUGAGACAGUAUUAAGCAUCUUUAGUUUAAAAGUGCACUUUAGCAACUGUAACAUUGCGCAACUUGAUUACAAAGCAAGAAAGAGUAAGCGGCAGCUCUUAUUUCUUCCCACAUUAUCGAUUUGCGAUCUGAUUACAAAAAGUGAUUGUCAACUUAUCUGUGUUCGAAGAACAUCAGUCCAUCGGCAAGACUCAAUAUCAUUGGUCUGUGAAUAUUGAAGUGUUUUUAAGAAAAUUUUAAAAUUAAAUUAAGGGUUGGUGAAUAUGCUUCUCUUCAGUGCUGUAUCUCUUUGCCAGUGCCGGUUUACACAUUGGGGCCAUUAGGCAAAGUGUUGUUUGUCUCCCUGAAGUGGACCUCAAGUAUCUUAGGAUUUACAAACUGUAUAGUUAAUUUUGCAAGAUGAACGGUUUUUACAAAGCAAUUUUGUUACUUCUACAAUUGACUUCAUCAUUGACAUUGAACCCUGACUCAUCUCCGGCAUUAGCAUCGUCUGGAAAAAAACUAAAGAUUUUAGGUGUCUUUCAUCAUCCAGGAAAAAGCCAUUUUGACGUCUUCCAGCCUCUGCUGGAAGAAUUAGCUCGAAGGGGGCACCAUCUAACUGUGAUUUCAUUCUUCCCUCGGAAGGUCAAUGACACAAUAACUGACUCUCUUCCCAAUUACAAAGAUAUAAACAUCAAAGGUUCUGUAGACGUCUGGUUGAAUGUCGUUGAUCUCUCAUGGAUUCAUCAUUCAUUUCUGAAUCAAGUGGAGGAAUUGUUCAAGCUUCGAGAAUGGAGCUUACAACAUUGCGAAGCGGGCCUAAAAACCCCAGAAGUUCGUCAGCUGAUCAAAUCAAAUUCAAAAUUCGAUUUGAUAAUAACAGAAAAUUUCAAUAGUGAUUGCUUUUUGGGAUUUGUUCAUAGAUUUCAAGCUCCUUUUAUUGCCCUGACCUCUCAUCAGAUUAUGCCAUGGGGAAAUGACCGAAUGGGAAACCCGGACAAUCCGAGUUUUGUCCCCUGUUCUUUUCUUGGAUUAUCGCCGCAGAUGACAUUUGUUGAAAGAGUUGUUAAUACGCUUUUCAUAAAUUAUGCAAAAUUAAUCUUUAAUACAGCGUAUCAGUGGUCGACGCAAAAAAUUGUAGAUGAAGCUUUUGGACCUGGGGUGCCUCCUCUUUCGGAAAUAGCGAAGAAGACUGAAGCCUAUUUGCAUAAUACGCAUUAUUCUUUGCACGGAGCAAGACCACAUAUUCCAAAUGUUGUGGAAAUUGGGGGGAUUCAUAUUGGUAAGGCGAAAAAGUUGCCGGAGGAUAUCAAAAAGUUCUUGGAUGAUGCUUCAGAGGGGGCUCUUUUGUUCAGUUGGGGAUCGAUGGUCAAUGUUUCUACUUUGCCAAAGGUGAAGUUAAGGGCUGUUCUGAAGGUGAUUGGAAACAUUCCUAGGAAAGUCAUCUGGAAGUGGGAGAUGGACGAUCUCCCAGGGAAGCCAAAGAAUGUUAUGAUUAAGAAGUGGCUGCCUCAGUUUGAUGUCAUGAAUCAUCCAAACGUAAAAGCCUACUUGAGCCAUGGAGGACUUCUGGGUUUAUCAGAGGGUGUUUACGUUGGAAUACCUAUGGUCAUAGUUCCUAUGUAUGGAGAUCAGUUUCAUAAUGCAGCCGCAGCAGCAGCCAGGGGUGCAGCCGUGAUCGUGAGAUACGAUGAGCUUGACGAGAUAACCCUCAAGAGCGCCCUUGAUAAAGUGUUCAACGAUACCAGGUAUCAAGAGAAUGCCCGGGCGCUGUCCAGGGCUUACAGAGACCGACCAGCGAGUCCCUUGGAAACAGCAGUCUGGUGGUCGGAAUUCAUCGCCAGGGGAAACGGACGUCCUUAUCUUCGAAGUGAGGGGGCGGAUUUGCCCUGGUACCAAUACUACCUCCUCGACGUUUUUCUGUUCUUGACUGUCAUCCUCUUGACCGCUUUCUAUGCCACUUAUCGUUUAAUGAAAUUCCUCUUGUUUUUGUGCUGCUUCCGAAAAUCCUGUAAGACGACUGAAAGUUCCUCUGCCAUUGGGAAAAAAACCAAGCGGAAAAAUGAGUGAUGUUAGGGUAAUAAGUACAAUGUUUGACCACCUCUCAAUGAUUGUCCACCUCAUUUAAAUAUGUUUAUAUGAAAGAAUACUCAGAAUACUCAGCUAAAUUAGUUGAAAAUUCUUAUUUUUUUAAAUAGAUACGAUAUAUUUAACUGAAAAAUUGUUGUAAUCUAAUUGAAUUUGGUGAAUUGAAAUACACGAUAGUAGUAUUCUGACCUUAAUAUUAGAUCUGUAUAUUAAUAAAGAAGUGGCCAAUCAUUGGUAUCGUAAUUAAACAGGAAACAUAAUGAUUGGCCAAAAUAAAUGCACAUAAUUAUAUGACAUUUUGUAUUACCAAUAACGAGUAGAAAUUAUGUCCAAAAUAGUGUUUGGUUCUGAUCAAUUAUUAUAUAAUUCACUGUGCUUUCAAAGUCAGUAAUGUAACACAAUACUUGGCCUGUGCUAAUCAUUAUGUCUUUUUGGCAAAUCAUUAUGUUCCUUGACAUUAUUGUUAACAUCCUUAAAUAUGAAUCAUCUACUACUUUUAACGUACGAUCAUUUAAAUCUUUAUAAAAUUGUCUAUCUAUCUGUGUAUUUUAGAACCUCGUUUGACGCUUACAGUGUUUUUUACAAAUUGUUAAACUGGAAAAAAUUCCUCAAGUGACCAAUCAUCAUACCGAAUACAUUGACUUUAUUGAUAAGACUGGUCAACGACUUCCAAAGUACUUUUUUGCAUUGAAGUUUCAUCUGGCCUCCAUUUAUUUCCAUGAACACUUAUUUUAAAGAUAUUUAAAAAUUAAUUUUUUUCAUGAUAAUUUUUUAAUUAUUGUGCAAUAAUGUGAUCCAAAAAAAUUGGCUUGCUAGUAUUCUCUCAUAACCUUUAAAUUUUAGCGCACAGAGGGUAGUUUUUCACAACAAAUUUUAAUAAAGCGCAGAAAAAAAACUUUUAUUAAACGAUUUUAAAUUAAUUAUGCUUUUGAGAAUCCUCGUGUCAUCUAAUUUGAAAUUAUUCAGUUUUGGAAGCUUAUACAUUUGAACAUACUGAUUAGUAAAUCUUUAAAUUUUUUAUUGUUAAAAUCAAACCAUUGGGAAUAUUUUAAUGUGAAUUAUGUUCGGGGCUUUUUCAGAAUCAUUUAAUUUUCACGUGCAUUCGUCCAAAAAUUCUAAGAACUCAAAAUUCAGAAUUGAUCCAUUUUUUUGUACCUGGAAUAUUAAACAUUAUAAGAAUUUAAGAUUCUUAUGUUUUGAAGUUAAGUUUUUUAUGGUCGAAAGCUUCUAACUGGUAAUGGUAAACUUUUUUAUAGCUUUUAGUUUGAAAGAAAAGUAAGUGAUUUUCAUUUGGACAUUAACUUAUUUUGCAGGCUUCGAAGAUUUAUUUAUUUUAAUUUAAAGGUUGCACUUUUAAAAUAUGUGCUGUUCUGAAUAUUUAUUAAAAUCAGUGUCUACUUUUGAAGCCCGUUGAAAAAACGUAUUCAAAGUACAUAUAGCUCCUAUGUCAUGCGUGCUGUUGUUAAAUCAACUUUCGUAAUUUUUCAGCAGAUUUUGUUAUCGUGAAUACACGAAGUUAAAGUAGAUUUAAUGUGUGAAUAAUUAUGUUUUUUUUUCCUUUCAUUUUAAGAUGUCAUCUUGAAAACUGUCGGACAGGAGGAAAAAUUAGUAAUAACUUAUAGAUAAAUUUGCAAUGCCGGGAAUAUAUAAUUGAAAUAACUCAAAUAAAAAUUAAUACAUUAAUUAAAAAUUUAAUUAAUACUUGCAUUGAAAUUCUUUUUAAACAUCUGCAUGUGAUAAGUCCAUUAUCAUACUAUCUACCCCCAAGCGUCUGCAGCCGGAUUUUUAUUACAGGCGCUUAAAUUUGCUUGGACUUUUAGCCAAGGGAUUGGAAAACUGCAGAAAACCAUUUCUGAGCGCAGCUGGUUACCAUCCGUUGUUCCAUUGACAAGCAUUCACCGUUUAAUUGGAAAUUAAUUUAGUUGCUGGGGAGAUCUAGCAUUCGACAGUUCUCCCCCGUUCAAUUUUAUUUUUCUGAAUAUAUUCAGCUGAAAGAAAAAGUACGAAUAUAAAAUAGGGGUGUAAAUAAAUGAUCAAACUAAUUUCCGUAUAUAUUUGAAAUAAAUAUGUAAUUUUACCAUAUCUUUGGAGAUAAGGAUAUAAAACAAAUGUUCAAACCAAGCCGCAGAUUCCGAGCUAGGUGAAUAAUUUAGAGCCUUUGUGAAUUAAUAAUGGUGAUGGACCUACUUUAUCCACAGACUUGAUAACUUGUUAAAACUUUUCAAACUGUUGAAUUUACGGUUUGCACCUAAUGUAUAAUUUUUGCAGGUCCUUGAAUAAAGGAUUGGAUUUUUGGCGAAGAAAAA